AUGUAUCAAUUUACUUUAUGUUAUAUAAAAAUUUAUUAUGUUAAUUCGGAAAAUGAAUAUUUAAACAAGAAUAAUAAUGGACAACUUCAUCAAAAACUUCUUCGUGAUGAUGCUGAACCAGCCAAUAUUGAUUCAUGUCAUAGAUCACUUAUAUUAAAAUUUGUUGAUUUACUUGAUGGUGCUGAAUAUAGUGUUGGAAAAAUGUCAGGUACAAAAACAUCAGUGCAUACUGGAUAA